AUGGGAUGGAAGUGUACAGAUAAGUGGUAUGAAAAGGUAAGAAACAAGAAGAGAGUACUCGUCAAACAUUCAACUUAUCCGCUGAUAACAACAUGCAAUUCAAGCAGAUCUUCUGUCAUCAUUACCAUUCUUAUUGAUGGUUAUGAUUCACUUUCAGAAUUUGAUUCUUUGGGGCCUAAAAAAAUCAAGCAAGUGCGUAACGAUCGUAUCGUUGGUGACGAUAACAAAUGGCAUUCAAAGAAUGUAUUGCAUAAAAAUGAUUGUAUUCAGAAGUCAUCUACAAAUUGCUUUCAAUUUCAUUUCUCUUUACCUUUCCAUGAAAUUCCCUUUUCCUUUGCAACAGCAUAA